UAACAUGGACGCACUCAUGAAUAUGAUGUUAAGAAGUGAUGGUUGUGUAUUCUAACCUUACUUUUCAAGUAUAAACAUUAUUUUUGACAUAAAGUGAAAAAAAGACAAUGGGACAUAGUAAAAUAUUUUUAAAAAAUCGCGCAUUAGGAUAUGUCAGUAAUCACAUUCCUCUCGUAACAAGAUAUAUUAAAAGGCGGAAGGAAAAUCUUAUAGUAACAUGUGUCGGUAAUUCAUUUCAUACAUACGGUUGUUCACAUUUUACGCUUCUCAGCGUAUCAGGCACGCAUCCAGGUGAAAUUACAAGUCUCGCAGGAGACGUUUAUCACAUUUAUACAGCAUGUGGAAAAGAAAUAUAUGCUUGGCGAAGAGGGACAGAAAUAAAGCACGUUUAUAAAGGUCACGAUUGCACAGUGCAUACUCUGCUACCUUUCGGCCAACACUUAAUAUCUAUUGAUGAAAAUAGCAAUGUUAAAGUCUGGAAUAUUAAAACAGAAGAGCUAGUAACUGAGCUUACUUUCAACAAUAAUCAUUUUAAAAUUACAACAUUAAUACAUCCUUUUACAUACAUGAACAAGAUAUUACUUGGAAGUGAACAAGGUCAAUUACAAUUGUGGAAUUUGAAAGUAUUAAAAUCAAUUUAUACAUUUAAAGGCUGGAAUACACCAGUAACUGCACUUGAACAAGCACCUGCAAUAGAUGUUGCAGCAAUAGGUUUAAGCGAUGGAAGAAUUAUAUUACACAAUUUAAAGGUAGAUGAAACAAUUUUUGAAUUAGUGCAAGAUUGGGGUUGUGUAAUAUCCAUUAGCUUCAGAACAGAUGAAUAUCCAAUCAUGGCUACAGGAAGUUUAGAAGGUCAUAUUGUAUUUUGGAAUUUAGAGCAACGUAAAGUAGAAAGCCAAUUAUAUAAAGCUCAUUUUGGGGCUGUGACAGGGUUAAAAUAUUUACCCAAUGAACCACUUUUAGUAUCUUCGUCCCCAGACAAUUCCUUAAAGUUAUGGAUAUUUGAUUUAGCUGACGGAGCUGGAAGACUUCUAAGAAUUAGGGAAGCUCAUUCAGAGCCUCCUACUCUUAUCCGUUUUUAUGGAAAUAAAGGUGACAACAUAUUAACAGCUGGAAGUGAUUCUUCUUUGAGGAAAUUUUCUACAAUCACAGAAAUAUUAAACAAAAGCCUUGGAAAAGCAUCGUUCAAUAGAAAAGCUGCAAAGAAAAAAGGAAGACUUGUUGAAGAUUCUUUAUUAAUGCCACCAAUUACUGAUUUUGCUACAGAAAUAACAAGAGAAAAAGAAUGGGAUAACAUUGCAGCAAUACAUUCUGGUUUGGGUACAGUCACUACAUGGUCUUCUGAUAAGUCAAGGAUGGGAGAACACAAGUUACUCCCAGAAAAAUUUAAAAGUAAUCGAAAUAUUGUAGCAACCAGUGUAUGCAUAACAAAAUGUGGAAAUUUUGUUGUUAUUGGAUAUAAUAAUGGUCAUGUAGAAAGAUUUAAUAUGCAAUCAGGACUUCACAGAGCUAGUUAUGGUACUGAUAAAGGAGCACAUCAAGGUCCUGUAAAAGGUGUAAUGGUAGAGUCUUUAAAUCAAAUUGUAAUCACUGCUGGAAGAGAUGCAUUUAUAAAAUUUUGGAGUUUUAAACCCAAAAUAGAACCAUUAGCAAAGAUGACACUGGAUGAACCAGUUGAAUGGUUACGGUAUCAUAAUGAAAGUUCUCUUAUAGCUAUAGCAUUGGAAGAUUUUUCUAUUAUACUAUUAGAUAUUGAUACUAGAAGAAUCGUUCGACGUUUUGAAGGACAUAAAGGACAAUUAACAGACGCAUGUUUUAGUCCCGAUUCUAGAUGGUUAAUAACGGCAUCUAUGGAUUGUACAAUUCGAACAUGGGAUAUUCCUUCUUCUAAUUUGAUAGAUAUUUUCCAGAUUCCAGAAGCAUGCACAUCGUUACAUUUUUCUCCUACUGGAGAAUUUCUUGCUACAACACAUGUGUGUAAUUUGGGUAUAUAUUUAUGGUCAAAUCGCACAUUAUAUUCCCAUAUUUCUUUGAAAGCAGUGAACAAAGACGAUCCAAUUCCAAUGAUUGGUCUUCCUGGUUCAACAAUAGAAGAUAGUGAUAUUCAGGAAGAUGAACUUAUUGAAGCUGAGUUAAAUUAUAUUUCACCGGCGCAACUUCAGGACGAUCUUAUUACAAUGUCUGAUUUAGCUCAUUCGAAAUGGCAAAAUCUAUUAAAUAUCGAUAUCGUAAGAAAAAGGAACAAACCGAAAGAACCGCCUAAGGCAUCAGAAAAUGCUCCUUUCUUUUUACCUACGAUUCCAUCCUUAGAAUUGAAGUUUGACUUUACGGAUGUUAAUAAUACAGAGACCAAUAAGAAAAUGAUUACACAUCCUGAAUUGCAAAAUCUGACAUCAUUUAGUAAAUUGUUACUGUCCAUUGAAGAUGUUCAGUUUGAAGAAAUUAUAGAAAAAUUGAAGUCCAUGAGCCCUAGUUCAAUCGAUUUCGAGAUUCAAUCACUUUCAGCAGAUGAAAAAACAUCCAAUAUUUUAUUACUUCGUUUUAUGAAAAUGAUACAUCACAUGAUGGAAAAGAAAAUAGAUUUUGAAUUAAUACAAACUUACUUAGCUGUAUUUUUAAAAUGGCACGGAACAGCAAUAACAGAAAAUGAAUCAUUAAGAGAUUACUUAAAUAUAUUACAAGAAAUACAGUCAAAAACUUGGUUUUUAUUAAGAGAUAAAUUGUUUUAUAAUUUAACUGUAGUACAAGCUUUGAAGAAAAUGUAAUAUAUUGUAAUAUACAAUUUUAUUGUAAUUAAAAUGGUGUGUUGUUUCACAUAA